AUGCCGAAGCCUCUGCUACGGCACCCAUCCAACCCUGUCCCAGACCAAUGUCCCCGCGCUCCCCUUCCCGACUCCAUACACGAGCUCGCAUCGCGCGUCUUCGGUUCCGGAAAGUCCGGGAACAGGAAAUUUCUAACCGCGCACAAGGGCACUAGAAAUGCCGCGCGGAAAGGCCAGGAUGAGGCGGGGACGGCGGGGCAGCGGGUCGUGGCGACGGCGGGGUUCGUGUCAAUCGAGGCGGCGUCCGUGAUGCAGCAGGCGCUGCGGCUGUGGUCCAUGAUGAGUCCCGUGGAGAUCGAACGGCUCAUGACCAGCCUCCAGGACACGGCCCUCAUUCUCUUUGUCUACCACGAUCCCGUGCACCUCUGGACACUCGCUGGGCUGGAGCUGAUGGAGAGUCUGGAGAAGCUGGCGGAGCGGGUGGCGGCGAUGGGGAUGAAGUGCGAGGAGACGCGGCUGCACGGGCUGGCGUUCUAUUUCAACGAGCUGCGCCACCCCGCCACCCAGUUCCCCGCCUUCCGCCUGCAGCCGGGCGAGCAGGAGAGCCUCAUGUGCUACAUGCGGGAGCAGGUGGAGCGAGUGGAGGAGCUGCGGCAGUGCAUGGAGCGGAUCAACACUGUGCGCUCCAGCAUCAAGAAGAUGCAGGGGCUGGUGUCGCAGUCGUCUGCCUCCUCCAACCUGCUGGCGGAGCUCGAAUCCGCCUCAGAGGACUACGAGCUCGACGACAACCACCCCCCCCAGUGCGUCCUCCCAUGCAUGCAUGCCUCUCCUUGCUGCACAUGCCUUGCUCUGCCAUGCCUUCACCCGCCCCACUCCUCUGCCUCCUCCAACCUGCUGGCGGAGCUCGUAUCCGUCUCAGAGGACUACGAACUUGACGACAACGCCCCCCCCCAGUGCGUCCUCCCAUGCAACGCACCCACUUGUUGCUGUAUACCACUUCGUGCCACAUACCACUAUGUGCCACACAUGCCCUCACCUCACAUGUCUGGUCACAUGCCAGUCAACCGCAUUCCACCCGCAUGCCAAGAACAGCAUUUCCCCACACCCCUGCCUCCUGCAACCUAUGACUCGACUCACAGAGCUGCAGGCGAGGACCCUUUGGGCAGUGGAGCUGGACCACGUUGUCAGGGUGGGUGGGACGAGGGGGGGUGUGAGGGUGUAGGGGGAAACGGCUUUGAUAGAGCUGCAGGCGAGGACGCUUUGGGCAGUGGAGCUGGACCACGUUGUCAGGGUGGGUGGGACAAGGGCGUAUGGGAGGAGGGCGGGUGGGAGGGGGCUGAAUGGGAGGAGGGUAGUGUUUGGCAUCGACGCCCACUCGGAGUAGAGCACGCAAUUCAACCUUUCCUUUCCCCUCCCUCUCCAUCCCACCAGAUCCUCGUGCUAACCAUCUUCAUGGUCCGAGACCGUGUGCUCUCUGUCUUCGGCAUCGACGCCCACUCCGACGAGAGCCUGUUUGAGAAUUCUCUCCCCUUUCUCCCCCAAACCCUUCCCCUUUCCUUCCCCCUCUCCCCCUUUCCUCUCCAGAUCCUCGUGCUAACCAUCUUCAUGGUCCGAGACCGUGUGCUCUCUGUCUUUGGCAUCGACGCCCACUCCGACGAGAGCCUGUUUGAGAAUUCUCUCCCCUUUCUCCCCCAAACCCUUCCCCUUUCCUUCCCCCUCUCCCCCUUUCCUCUCCAGAUCCUCGUGCUAACCAUCUUCAUGGUCCGAGACCGUGUGCUCUCUGUCUUCGGCAUCGACGCCCACUCCGACGAGAGCCUGUUUGAGAAUUCUCUCCCCUUUCUCCCCCAAACCCUUCCCCUUUCCUUCCCCCUCUCCCCCUUUCCUCUCCAGAUCCUCGUGCUAACCAUCUUCAUGGUCCGAGACCGUGUGCUCUCUGUCUUCGGCAUCGACGCCCACUCCGACGAGAGCCUGUUUGAGAAUUCUCUCCCCUUUCUCCCCCAAACCCUUCCCCUUUCCUUCCCCCUCUCCCCCUUUCCUCUCCAGAUCCUCGUGCUAACCAUCUUCAUGGUCCGAGACCGUGUGCUCUCUGUCUUUGGCAUCGACGCCCACUCCGACGAGAGCCUGUUUGAGAAUUCUCUCCCCUUUCUCCCCCAAACCCUUCCCCUUUCCUUCCCCCUCUCCCCCUUUCCUCUCCAGAUCCUCGUGCUAACCAUCUUCAUGGUCCGAGACCGUGUGCUCUCUGUCUUCGGCAUCGACGCCCACUCCGACGAGAGCCUGUUUGAGAAUUCUCUCCCCUUUCUCCCCCAAACCCUUCCCCUUUCCUUCCCCCUCUCCCCCUUUCCUCUCCAGAUCCUCGUGCUAACCAUCUUCAUGGUCCGAGACCGUGUGCUCUCUGUCUUCGGCAUCGACGCCCACUCCGACGAGAGCCUGUUUGAGAAUUCUCUCCCCUUUCUCCCCCAAACCCUUCCCCUUUCCUUCCCCCUCUCCCCCUUUCCUCUCCAGAUCCUCGUGCUAACCAUCUUCAUGAUCCGAGACCGUGUGCUCUCUGUCUUCGGCAUCGACGCCCACUCCGACGAGAGCCUGUUUGAGAAUUCUCUCCCCUUUCUCCCCCAAACCCUUCCCCUUUCCUUCCCCCUCUCCCCCUUUCCUCUCCAGAUCCUCGUGCUAACCAUCUUCAUGGUCCGAGACCGUGUGCUCUCUGUCUUCGGCAUCGACGCCCACUCCGACGAGAGCCUGUUUGAGAAUUCUCUCCCCUUUCUCCCCCAAACCCUUCCCCUUUCCUUCCCCCUCUCCCCCUUUCCUCUCCAGAUCCUCGUGCUAACCAUCUUCAUGGUCCGAGACCGUGUGCUCUCUGUCUUCGGCAUCGACGCCCACUCCGACGAGAGCCUGUUUGAGAAUUCUCUCCCCUUUCUCCCCCAAACCCUUCCCCUUUCCUUCCCCCUCUCCCCCUUUCCUCUCCAGAUCCUCGUGCUAACCAUCUUCAUGAUCCGAGACCGUGUGCUCUCUGUCUUCGGCAUCGACGCCCAUUCCGACGAGAGCGUGUCAGAGAACGAGACACUGGGUUCGGCGGGCCUGGCGCUGCGCUAUGCGCGCAUCAUACUGCUCGCAGAGAAGCUCAUGAAGUACCCCUUCAUGGCUGCUGGCGGCACCACCAGCUGUUUUGCAUGCCGACCAACGCCCAACGACGUGCCCACAGUGCUGCCCGUUGGACCGUUGAAUGGCCUAGCAAGUAUCUUUCCUCUCCUCCCCAUCCGUUCCCCCUACCCGCCUCCCCCCUUCAGGGACGAGCUGUUUGGCAUGCUGACCAACGACAUGCGCACCAUACUAGCAGGCCGCCUCGUCCCGGUAAUGAAGGAGGAGCAGCAGAAGCGCGAGCAGGAGGAGGAGGCUCGGCGCCGAGCCGGCCUCCCCCGAGCCGCCUCCUCAGACUCGGAUGAAGACGAGGACGGGUUCGUGUGGCUCGGGAGCAAGGGGGGAGCAGCGGGAGGAGGGGGCGCAGGAGGGAAGGGAGGAGGGCAGGGAGGGAAGGGAGGGAAGGAAGGAGAAGACGAGGAGGAGGCGGAAGCACCGUGGGAGCGGAAACUCAAGUGGGGGAUGGAGUUUCUCCCAACCCUCGCUCGCAACACCAUCACCUUUUCCGAGCUCAAUUCCAUCCGGAAAACCUCUGUCACAUCGAGCAACCACGUGUUGCGAGUCCAAACCCUCUUCCACGCGCAAAAGGACGCCGUCAGCGCAACCCUGAUCGACUCCUUAGAAGGCCUCUCGCUCCUUGUUGCAUCUGAUCCGUCCAAUACCACGCAGAUCCGAUCGAAGAAAGCCGCUGCGCUGGCGGCCGCUCGGGCAGAGAAAGCCCAGGCGAAGUCGGGCGAGCCGCGGCAAGUGCUUGUAACGGGGAUAUUUAAAGCGAAGCGGACGACAAGCUGUAGCCCCACGGACGGGAUUGGCAGCUCCCCUCUGCUGCUCUCCCAGUCGUCUCUCUCCUCUUCCCUCCUCUCCUCUUCCUCCUCCUCCGUCGCCCCCUCUGCGUCCCCCUUUAGGUCAUCUUCUGCCUCUGCUGCUGUCCUGGCUGCUGCGAUGGGGGGAGACGGGAGGGACUCUGCUGCCGCUGCUCUGCGGGCGAUAAGAGGAGGAGGAGGAGGGGGAGGAGGGGGAAAAGGAGGGGGAGUUUUGAAAAUGCCUUUUGUUAAGGGAGGCAAGCAGGCGGGCGCUAAGGGUGGUGCUGCAGCGCCUGCUGCGAAAGCUGCUGGUGGUGGGGCUGGCACGGGGAAGGUUCCAGGAAAGGUGAAGCCGCUUUGGGAAGAGGAUACAGACGAGCAAGACCUCGUGAGAUCCGUUCUGUCGACGUGCCAGGAGGAGAGAGAUGGGGGCGAGAAGGGAGCAGCGGGGAGAAGAGAGCAGGUGCGGGCGAGAGAGACAGGAGGCAAGAUGAUGAUGCGUGGCGGAUCGGAGAAAGAGAGGAAAGGAAAACCUGUGAAACCCUUGUGGGAAGAAGAUACAGACGAUGAGGAUUUAGUGAGGUCUGUGACUCUACCUGUGAGGAAGGACGGGGUUGGGAGCAAGGGAGGGCAGGAGGGGGCUGGGGAGGAGGGAGGGAAGAAGAAAAUGCUAUGGGAGGAAGAUUCCGAUGAUGAGUCGCUGGUUCGCGCGGUAACCGCAUCUGCUACCACCGUCGCUGCAGCUGUUACAGCUGCUGGGGUGGGCGUGGUAACCAGAGGGACUGGGGGGGCUGCAGGUGCUGGUGGGGGUGGGAGAGGUGGUGGAGGAGGGGGAAGAGGUGGUGGAGGGGGGGGAAGAGGUGCUAGUGGUGGGGGUCGAGGGGCUGGCGAAGGGGGGAGAGGGGCAGGUGGGGGGCAGAAGAAGGUGCAGCCUCUGUGGGAGGAAGACUCUGAUGAUGAGAGUCUGGUUCGUGCUGUCACCGCUGCUUCGUCUGCCCCUGCUGGUGGUAACGUUGGGGGCAUUGCUGGUGGCAGUGCUGCUGCGGGCAAUGGGGGGGGGUCACGCUCGUCGGUGCAAGCGGUGACGCCGCGAGGAGCUCGCAUGCAGCGAUUGGACGCGGCGAAAUGGGCAGACGAGCGAGGAGCGCGAGGGGAUGGGGAGCGGGGAGAGCGGGGAGAGCGGGGGGACGGAAGAGAAGGGCGCGAUGGGCAAGGAAGGCGAGACGCUCGCAUGCAGCGGUUGGACGCAGCGAAGUGGGCAGAGGGGCGGGAGGAGAGAGACGGGCGAGAUGCGAGAGAAGGACGAGAAGGGAAAGCAGGAGGAGGAGGGGGAGGGGGAGCGAGAGGAGGGGGAGGGGUUGGGGGAGGGGGAGGAGCGAAGGGAGAGAGAGGAGGAACGAAGGCUCGGCCGUUGUGGGAGGAGAAUGCAGAGGAUGAGGACAUGGUGAGGGCCGUUGCUGUGCCCACCCUCCGCUCUGCCACCCCCCCUCCUCGCUCUGCCACCCCACCUCCCCGCUCUGCCACCCCCCCUCCUCGCUCUGCCACCCCCCCUCCCCGCUCUGCCACCCCCCCUCCUGUGGUACCGAUAGCCUCUGGUCGUGGAGCGGCAGGGAGAGCGGAUGCAGGGAUGGGAGGGAGGGUGGAGGAGAGGGCAGGUAGGAGGGCGGAGGGGAGAGGUGAGGGGAGGGUGGAUGGGAGGGGUGAUGGGAGGGUGGAUGGGAGGGGUGACGGGAGGGUGGAUGGGAGGAGGGAAGAGGGGGCGGUGGAGGGGAUGGUGGAGGGGACGAAGGGACGAGCGGAAUUCAUGCGUCUGGCAGAAGAGGGAGAGGGCUGGGAGGAAGGGGAGGAGGAGUGGGAAGAGGGCGAGGGCUGGGAGGAGGGAGUGGAGGAAUGGGAAGGGGAAGAGGGCGAGGAGGAAUGGGAGGGGGAAGAGGGAGAGGAGGAGCAAUAUGAGCCGGUCGUGAAGGCUGGGCAGGCGAGCAGAAAGGAGGGCACAGGCGGGAUCAAGCAGCCAUUGGCGCAGGAUGAAUGGCAGAGGCAGCAAGCGGAGCAGGAGGCAUGGGAACAAGAGCAACUGGAGCAGGAGAAGUGGGAGCAGGAGCACCCGAAUGAGCAGCAGAGGCAGGUGCAGAAGCCAAAGCAGCAAGUGACCUGGGACCAGCAUCACUCACAGGAGGACGGCGAGGAGGAAUAUGAAGGAGAGGAGUAUGAAGGAGAUGAGGAGGAGUAUGCAGAAGAGGAAGAAGAGGAAGAGCCGGUGGUGCCUGUGAGAGCCAUGGCCCGAGCAGCCACCGCACCCACAUCCCGCCUCGAUAAAAUGUCCAAGUCAGCGGGUGCGGAUGCCGGGGGAAAGAAGAAGAGCGGGAAGAAAACUGCACUGCACCGGGUGGCAUCUGAGUCCACCACUUCUGACCUCUAUGCACCCAGCCAGAAGGCACGGGCAGCAGGGGGGCUUGCGCCUGGUUUGUAUGAGGGGCCUCAGAAGUCGCCUGGUGUGGGGCGGCAGCAGCGGCAGAUGCAUGUUCAUUGGGAUGAAAGCGUGUGCCCUGAUAGGGGGGAGCGAGGGGAGAGAUGGGAGGGAGAAGCAGAGGAGGGGCAGUGGGUGGGUGCGGGUUCGUUGUCUGAAACAGCUGCUUCGGGGAAGGAAGGCAAGAAGGGGAAGGCUGGGAAGAAAGGGUCCCAGCAGGGGAAUGCAGAGGGGGAGAAAGGCGAGAGGGCAGCAGGGGAGGGAGGAACAGGAAAGAAGAAGCAAACCGGGGAAGCGAAGAAGGCUGGGAAGAAGGUUGCAAAGAAGGGUGCGGCGCAGCAGGGGGGUGGGGGAGCGGAGGAGGAGGAGGAGGGGCUGGGAAGGACUGUGAGUGCAGCCUCUUCAGCCUCCCGCUCGUCCUCUGGCACGUCAUCAUCGCCUGCUAAGGGCGAGAGGCGGAAAGCUGGGGAGAAGGAGGGCGGGAAGAAGAGUGGGAAGAAGGCAGGGCAGACCCCCCAGCCGCAGGUGGCAGUGUGGGAGGGGGACGAGGAGGAGGAGGGGCUGUUUAGGGCUGGAUCUUCUGAUGCUGCUGCUGCUGCUGCUGGGGGGAAGGAGAAGGCAGGCUUGCAAGACAGGUACGAGGAAGAGGAGGAAGAGGAGGAAGAGGAGGAGGAGGAGGAGGAGGAGGACGAGGACGAGGAGGAAGAAGAGUAUGAAGAGGAGGUGGAGAGUGAGAGGUACAGAGGGCGGAUGGAGGAAGGGAGUAUAGAUUUCGAUGCCUCUCACCAGGAACUCGCCUUUGGGGCGGGUCAAGGGCGGCAGGAGCAGAGAGGAGUGGUAGGGGGAGGCAGUUUGGACUUUGAUGCUCCCCAACACGAGCUACCCUCUCCCUCUCAAAUGCCGUCCGGAGGGCUGGACAACAGCAGGGGCGACGGCAGGGGCGGAUGGGACCAGGAAUACGGAUACGAGGAGGAGGAGGAGGUGUUGAAGGGAGAGGAUGAGGAGGAGUGGGACGAGGAGGCCGAAGAGGAACUGUAUAACCAAGGAGCAGGCAGAGAAGCAACGGGAGCAGGUGGUGCCAUUACGUCUCUAUCGCCCUCUGCUGCUGCCUUCUACCUUGCCACAACCUCCUCCUUUGGACACGAAGACCCUGUUGACUCCUCCUCGCCAGACACCUCCUCUGGCUUCCCCCCUCCAAAACCAUCCCCCCGGCAAGCUCCUCGCUCACCCUCUGCUUACGCCUCACCUCCCUCUUCCUCUCCAACCGACGCUGCUCCUGCUGCUGCUGGUGCUGCUGCUGGUGCUGGAGCAGGGAAGAAGGAACGGUCAAAGUCGCCCUUAGCUCGGCUAAAGCGCUCCCUCUCCCCUCUCUCUCGCAGGCACGCCUCCCCUGGUAAAUCAGGAUCAGCAGGUAAUAGCACUGCUGCAGCAGCAGCUGCUGCAGUGGCUGCGGCUGGUGGCAGCAGCAUGGGUUCUUUCUCUGAGCUGCAAUCUCAGCCGAGCCUGUCGUCAGGCUCGAUCAGCAGCUCGCCGAGCCAGUCCAUGGAUCGGCAGUCCCCGAGCCUGUUGUUGCUGGAUCGGGUCUCCCCAAGCAACUCAAUGGAGAGAAGGAACCCGCAGGAGCGGGGUGGUUUGGAUCGGGACCGAGGGUCAAUGGAACGAAAUUCCAUGGAGAGGCGAUUGUUUGAUCGCCACUCCUCCUCUCCUUCCCAUGACCGAAUCUGGUCUCCCCGUCACUCCUCUGGGAUGGGUCAACAGCAGCAGCAGGCGGAGGGGUCGGCCUCGCCUGACCUCUCUGCUUCUCCUGACGUUCACGCAGACGGUAGGUCUAUUGGAAGGGAGGGUGGCUCGAGUUUCCGAUCCUCCCUUGCUGCCGUGCUGAUGUCGCCUCCGAUCCUGCGCGGCAGCGCCGGGGGCAGCGCCUUCCCUACCUCCAACUCAGCCUCGGAAGCCUCGUCCCGGCACCCGCACAAGAGCGGGAAAGUCCUCCCGAACCUGCUCCGGCUGAACCUGAAAAAGGACAAGGGAGAGGGACAUAGGGAGGGGAGAGAGGGGCGGGAUAAUCAACCCGGCACCCCACCCUCCCCACUGCUAGAGCAUGUGCUGAAAGGCUAUCCCAUGGGUAACUAUGAUGGAAUCCCAAGGGGUUUGUCCGAAGAUUCAUCUGUUCAAAGGUAUGUGAGAGGCGGUGAGGGGAGUGAGGGCAGCAGCAGUGGGCGGCUGAGUGGUGAGGAUCCGAAAGAGUGGGAGGAGGGCAGGAGGGGAUCCGAUGCGAGGGGGAGUCACAGGGAAAGGGCUGACUUUUCUGGGGAUGCUAUUCGCAAAACGAGCUCGUAUGAGAGGGGUGGGGCAAGGAGUGAGGAAUCAGGGGUGGGUGCCACUGCCAGGGCAGAGUGUCGGUAUUUCCAAGGCCGAGCUGCGAUUGCGAUUCGCAGGCACGGGUCGCUGCUUGCCACGUGGGAAGUCCAAGGGGUUUCCCGUUGGAAUAUUGUGUUUCUCUACUCGGUGAUCGCACCUACCCCUUUCGCUGCUGCCACGUCAGCGCUGAAAAUGGCGACAAUGACGUCAGCCCACAGAGGCCUUACAGCGCUUCCUGCUGCGCAAAGCGCGGGUGCUGGUGAAGUCUCUCGUCGUCCACGUGUCGUCUCAGCCGCAUUCGGCGGUGCAAAGGAGAUUAAGUCGACCUCGUCGAGUCUGGUGGCGCUGAUCCCCUUUAUAGUCGCGGGGGACCCCGACCUGGCCACCACGGAGCGCAUUGGUCGUACCAUCCCCUCAGCCCGCACUUGCACUGAGUUGUUUCACAACAACAUCUUCUUGUGCUGUCCACCCGCUCCCCCGCAGGUGGCGCUGAUCCCCUUUAUAGUUGCGGGGGACCCCGAUCUGGGCACCACGGAGCGCAUUGGUCGUACCAUCCCCUCAGCCCGCACUUGCACUGAGUUGUUUCACAACAACAUCUUCUUGUGCUGUCCACCCGCUCCCCCGCAGGUGGCGCUGAUCCCCUUUAUAGUGGCGGGGGACCCCGACCUGGCCACCACGGAGCGCGCGCUGAAGCUGCUGUGCGAAACGGGCGCUGACGUCAUCGAGCUGGGCGUGCCUUACUCGGACCCGCUCGCUGACGGACCCGUUAUCCAGGCAUCUGCCACCCGAGCCCUGGCGAACCACACAGACCUGCAGUCGGUCAUCGACCUCCUCAAACGGGUUACCCCCUCCCUGUCGGCGCCCAUAGUCCUCUUCACCUACUACAACCCCAUCAUGAAGCGCGGCGUCAACAAGUUCAUGGGGGAGAUUAAAGCCGCUGGGGCGGCGGGCAUAGUGAUGCCGGACGUGCCUUUGGAGGAGACCAAGGUGCUGCGGGAGGUUGCCACAGCCAACGGGCUCGAACUGGUUCUGCUAACAACGCCCACCACCCCCACCGAGAGAAUGGGAGCCAUUGCUGACGUCACCCAGGGCUUCCUCUACCUUGUGAGUCUAACAGGAGUGACAGGCGAGCGGCAGGCAGUGCAGGGGCGGGUGGAGCAGCUUCUAAAAGACAUCAAGGCAUCCACAGACAAGCCCGUCGCCGUUGGAUUUGGCAUCUCUGCACCUGAGCAUGCUAAGCAGGUGGUGUCAUGGGGAGCAGACGGAGUGAUCGUGGGGUCAGCGCUGGUGAAGCUGCUGGGGGGCAGUGACACAGCAGAGGAGGGGCUGGCAAAGGUCGGUGCUCUCAUGCGGUCGCUCAAAGCAGCAACAGCCCGCAACCUGCAGACGGCUUAA